UAAAUAAUAACCAUAUACUUGUGUUCUUUCAAAAAAAAAAAAACUCAACUCAGCCAUGGAUCGCGCACAGCUUCUCUUAGUAGGUUUACCCCUCUUCCUCCUCUGCUCCGACCUCUUCUCCCUCUUCACAUCAUCUCCUCCACCGCCAAAACCAUCUCACCACCACCAUCACCACCAUCAACAACCACAACCAGUAAUCAACCCCGUAACCACACCCUUCCCUUCCGACUCCGAGAAACUCGCUACUAAUAUUGGAGGUGCAGGGUUUGGCAACACUGUUAAUAUCAAUUUCUGCUCUUCUUGCUCCUACAAGGGAACAGCAGUAACAGUGAAAAAAAUGUUGGAGAUUGCUUUUCCUGGAAUUGAGGUUAUUCCUGCAAAUUAUCCCCCACCACUUCCAAAACGUCUGCUAAGCAAAGUGGUUCCAGUUGUUCAAAUUGGUGUUAUAGGUGUCGUAGUGGCAGGGGAACAGAUAUUUCCAAUGCUGGGUUUUGUUGCACCUCCUCCUUGGUAUUUUAGUUUGCGUGCUAAUAGGUUUGGAACCAUUGCUACUACUUGGCUUCUUGGAAAUGCCGUGCAAUCAUUCUUGCAGAGCUCCGGGGCAUUUGAAGUUUACUUCAACGGCAAUCUGGUGUUCUCUAAAUUAAAAGAGGGAAGGUUUCCAGGAGAGAUAGAGUUGAAGGAUCUGAUCACCAAAAGGAUGACAAAUUCUAGACUUGUCAGCAGCGCUUCAGAAUUGGGGCUUUAGCUCUUUUGUCGAAUUGCAUCUCAUGAAGACUUCUAAUUUGAACAGGCAAAGAUGAUGUAAUGGACCUACCAUUGCAUUGUGAAGCCGAGGCUGGUUCACAGAUAUAUCAUAGGAAUGUAAUAUUGUAAUGUUUCCAUACUGGAAAAUUGACUGUAAACCAUGUAACUUCUGAAGCCAUAUUGGUUAAUUCAAGUUUGCUUCAGACGUAAAUUUCAGCCUUACACUAUCAUUUUUCUUUUUUCGACA